AUGUCACUUGUGGAUUAUCUGUCACGGAUUAUCUUAAUCUGUAAGUAAACAAGCUUUAUUUCACUUCAUUUGUAACUUUAUUAUAAAAUGUUGAUAAUUAAUGUUCUCAUGUAAAGCACCAGGAUAUUUUUUUAGAGAAAUUAUCGAGCUUGCUGCAGUUAGAGAGCUUGGUACGUUUGGGAAUAAUAUAUUUUAAAUUUAAUGUUUAAUAGGAAUGAUUUGCUAAACUGCUAUUUUAGAGAGUUCAGGAACUUUUGGUUUUUUUUUUUGUCUUAUUUUGCUAAAUUAGUUUGUGGAUUAAAUUCUACAGUAUAAUGAAUAUGGUGGUAAUGUUUGGCAUUAACACUUGCGGGGUUAUUAAUUAAUUAAUUAGCAGCAGCUUUAGAAUAUAAAUUUACAUUUCAGGUUAAAAUAGCCAAACGUAAACACGUCUAAUCUAAAAGCGUUUAUAACAUCUGACAGAACAAUUCAAUAUUAUAAAGUGUGCUGAGAAUUGAAAAUGAAUUUUACAUUUUAUAACACCGUAGCUGAAUUGUAAAUAUCCUCCAGGUAAUCUACGUUCUCAGUUCAGUUUUGAUGGGCCUAAAACAUGAAAUUCAUGACAAUUCAUUUUAGUGAAUAACUGUGCAAGUGUUUGGGAUGGUGGGGCAGAGCUAGAAUGAUAGAAAAUACCACUGUGUGCUCCUGGGAGCAGCCAUCUUUAACUUGUACCACUAUAAUGAGCUAAAUUUAAACAAGUGUGAAAUAGAAAUGUAUGAUUUUUAGGAUUGCAAAAUGUUUCCAAAAAUAAAUUAAUUUAUGGACACUGGAUCUCAUACUCUAUCAUUUAUAUAUUUUAUUAUUAUUUUUCUUUUUCAGCAACUUCUCUGGAAUUGUCAGGUAACUGUCAUUUUUAAUUUCCUUUUAAAUGCAAUGUUUGUUCAGGACCAAUAUAGUGUGUGUCUGUCUAUCUAUCCAUCUACUAAGAGGAAAACUUUAGGAUAUGCCAAUCCAAAAAAUAUCUGGUGGUUAAUCCAGAAGAAUAAUCCAAAAGCACUCUGGGAUUUGAUUUAAAAACAUUUUUAUUUUAUUAUAGAUCAACGUUUCAGAUUUACAUAAAAUAUUUGAUAAAGUUUCAGUGUUAACAGACACAUAUUUAUUCCACACACAACAAGAAAAAGUGUACUCACCCCGAAGUUCCCAAAUGUGUACACCGAAAUUGGUGUGGUUUGUAAUUGUUUUGCGCAUGCAUGCGCGUGAGUUCCCAGUCCCUCAAAACUGCCUAGUGAGUGUUAGUAGCGUUGUUGGUUACCAUAGUAACUGGAACGUGAAUACAUACGGUUUCUGUAAAUAAAAACAAAGUGUCACAUAUUGGUUAUAACUGGCAGCUAAAAACCAUGAAACAGACACUAAUCUGAAUGUUUAACAAGGCACAGCAUUGUGUAUUACAAAUAAAUUGUACAUGAACAAUCCUCAAUGCCUAAUAAACAUUGUGAAAUACUUUAGAUCUGCCCUAUUUUAGAAGCAAUUAGUCUUGCAAAUAAUGGUAUUCUUUACCUUGAUGGCUUGGUGAAAUAUACAAAUAAUUAUGAGUAUUUUGGGAGCUCUUUCCCGGGGACUGUAAGUUCUUUGCAGUAUACCACACUGUGGUUAUCAAGGUUUGAAAGAGUUUGUGGUGGUUAAUGUAUCUAUGGUAUAAGGGCGCCAUCUAUUGGGCGAUCUCAAUAAUGUCCAUCAAACAUAUAUGCCUAUAUUAAGCAGCUAGAGGACAAUGUGUGAAGUCUCUACUACUUCUAUUAUAGGGACACUAUAGGCACUUAGAUGACUAUAUCUCAACCAAAUUGUCUGGUUGCCAUGUCCCUUUCAUGUAAAACAUUGCCAUGCUGCAGAAACAACAAUACUUAUAUUGCAGUGUUUAAAUUCCUCUAGUGGCUGUCAUACUGACAACCACUAAAGACGCUUCUGUAUCUGAUUAGCGCAUGCGUGCGGUGCUUGCCACAUAUGCGCAUUAGGUUUCUAAACUGCCGUGACGUCGGCAUAGGAGGUGGGACAUCGGCACUGGUAUCAGGUAAGUGAAAAAUGAAAUUUAAAAUCUUAAUUUGCAAUGGGAGGGUGCAAGUAAGGGGGUGGCAGAGGGAACAAUAGUGUUACAGGAUUGCAUUCUUAAUACAAUAGUGUUCCUUUAAAUCCACCUCUACUGGCUGUCAUACUAUCAUAGUAAAACUCAGUCCUUUGACAUGGAAGCCCAUAGGAAAGCAAUGCUUUCUUAUAGGGAAGCUUGGAUGUGUACAAGGCUCAGGCCAAACAUCAGGUCCCCUCUAUGAGGAGCAUUUUAUUGGACCAUUGUGGAGGAGGCCAUGCCUCUUCCUUGAUGUUGUGGGAGUCAGAGAGGUGAGCAGGAAAAUGUGAGUAAAAUAAAUGAAUAAAUUGUUAUUGCUCAUGGGGGGACCUUUUAGAGCUAGGGACAGGGGCAAUUUAGCAUUCGAAAUACAGGUUUUAAUUCCAAACACUCUAGUGUUCCAUUAAUUUAAGGAAUGUAAUAAUGUGACUUUCUUAGAACCAGUGGGAAGCCCCAGACAGAACAGUCAUGGACCAAAAAUAGAAAACAGCCCCUCAGUUGGGGAACAGAAAUUUUUAUUAAUAAUAGGAUAAUAACACAUUUUUUAAAAACCACAUGCUUUCACAUACUUGAAUAUAUUUUUUGUUUUGGGGAAGUCCUAGUUUUCUUACCAGAGUAAUUAGUAUUAUGUUGGUUAAUUUUUCGCUACUCUUCUUUAAAGUUAGAGAGGUCACUUUAAGCACCAUAAACAUUAUAGUGUGCCAUGGUGGGUAUGGUGCCAGCAUAGACUUAGGGACUGAUGGGGACGGAUCCCUAAUUUAGUAGGAAUUCAGUAAAGAAAGUGUUUUAAGCAAAAAAAAAGUGUUUUAAGGAUGUGGAAUUUUCUGCCUGAAGAAGUGGUUUUAUCAGAGUCCAUACAGAUGUUUAAACAGCUACUAGAUGCAUACUUGCAAAAACCGAAUAUUCAAGAUAUAAUCUUUCAAUGUAGGGUAAUAAUUGCUUGAUCCAAGGAUAAAUCUGACUGCCAUUCCGGGGUCAAGAAGGAAUUUUUUUCCUAGCUUGUUGCUCCGAGGUGGUAAAAGAUCAUUGUAAGCACACUAAUGUAAUCAUAAACAAGCCACGGUCAAGUCAUAGAGGUCAAUAUGAACAUAUGACUAUCCAGUAUCAGAACACCAGAAAUGAGCCAGUGCAUCGUGUUAGGGAAAAAUAAAAUAAUUAAAUAAGUCAGGGUCAUAAAAAAAAAUAAUAGCAAGAUCUAUAAUGAAGUCCGGGCUUGACCGUAUCAACUGUGACACAAAUAUAGUGAUCGGUGCUCAGUCUGUGGCUGUCUCUCUAUGUAUACACAUUUCCCCUUUUAGUCAUUCUUCCUGAUGCAAACUGCUUUUGGCACUCAAGAAGGAAAGGUGAUGGGAGGUCUGCGUCUGGUCCGUGAUAGCAUUUAGAGCAGGCUUUCUUUAUGUGAUUUGAUAGCAGAGACAGCUUACCUACCCUGCUCCCACUCACUCCAACGAGUUAUCUUGACAUACAGUGCUGGGAGGAAGUGAUUGGACAUCACAUCAUUCCAGUGCUCUGCCUAAAUAGACACCCCUCUCACCCACUAACACCAGGAACAAUCUGCAGGCCUCUCAUCUUCUUUUCAUCUUCACCACCAACAACAGAAUCAGUCGAGGAGAGAAGAACACUUAAAUCUGUAAGUUUGUGUCUGUGUGAAUUUAUCAGUGUGUUUUUAGGUAUGUGUGUGCGAGUAUGGCUGGUGUGGUAUCAGUGUAGUUCAUUAGUUAGUGAGAGACGGUAAGUUAGGUGUGCAGGCCACUACUGGAAAAUCUGCCUUCAUCAACCUAACUACUAGCAAAAUUUGUCAAGCCCUGAACUCAACUGAACCAAUAAUGGGGAAAGUGUUGUUGAAAGGUAUUGUAAGUCUGAGCUUGUGAUGGUACCCGCAUUGCUAACAGCUCACCGUCAUCCAUUAACAUUUUGAUAAUUAUCAAAAGAUACAUGUUAACGAAAACAUGAGACAGAGAAAAUGGUUCCUUGUCAAGGUUGUGAGCUAGAAACAUUGUUUCAGAUUUAGCUGAUGCAUAGAUGUACUACAUGUGCUUAAAGGAACACCCAGGACACCAUAACAACUUUAUUUAAAUAAAGGACCCUGUGCUACUGAAAUGCUCAACACAUAAGAAUGUGGAGCUAUUUCAGUGUUCUUAUUAGAACAAUUGAUCAUCCUCUAUUUAUUAUCUUUACCCUGUUUUAGGUGUCUUUGGAAUCACAGUCUGUAGAAACAGAUAUGUGAGUGGCGAAGUGGGGAGAAAUGUUACUCUGCACUUGGAUCAAACUAGAAUCACAUUUGCCACUUGGGAAGUUUGCAUUGGAGAUGGAGAGAGACAUUCGAUAGCUCAUACUUACCCUGGAAAACCUAUGGAGAUUCUAGAUCCCAGGUAUACUGGAAGACUUAAUAACACACCAGAUGGAUCCCUGAUUAUCAGUAAACUAACCAAGGAGGAUCAAACGGUCUACUCCACAGGACUGUUCGUCAGGGAAGGGGUUUAUCAAUGUGACCAGCGUUAUAAUCUCACUGUUAACAAUAAGUUCUCUGCACUAAUUUUGAAUUCUGAUACCAUUUUCAUAUAAGCAAACAUUGUUUGUUUUGCUUUUUAUGACAAUCUAUGUAAACUCUAUGCAAACUACGUGAAAAUCUUCAUUAUACGAAAUAUAUAUACAACAAAUGAAACAUUAGCUUAACGUUCCUAUUUUAAAAAAUUAAUUAUUCACUAAAAAAACAUUUAGAAUAUUUACAAAAUUUUAAUGCAAAUUAUUUUAUACAGGUUUGCAGCCUGGAUGAAUUGCCGUGGUUUUUUGUUUUGUUUUGUUUUUGGUUACGGCAAGUGUUAUGCAUUUAUUUUCCUUUUGUAUUUGUUGCAGCAUUUCAUGUAAUGUUUUCAUCGAGAAUGAAUUGCUUGCUAUUGUGACUGUACAUGUUAUCAUAUUUCUUUCUUGCAGAUCAAAGUGAAAAUUCUGACAAGGUCAAACCUGAUACAAGAAGGAAGACAUUAUAUGCCAACCUGCCAUGCAUCUCUAAGGCUAAAGCAUUUGGUAAUGGUGUAUGCUUUGUUAAAUCAAAUCAAAUUUACAAAAAAAAAAAAAAAGUUAAAUUUACAGAGCAGGAGAUAUAUACUUCUAAAACAAGUUAACAUCUAAAUAAAAUAUGUUUUCAUACAGGCUGUGUGAGUCACAGCCAGGGAAGUUGUGGCUAGGGCUUCAUACACAGAAACAAAGUGAUUUAACACCUAAAUAGUAGAGAAUAGAACAGUGAGACUGCAGAUGCGUGAUCUAUUCACCAAAACGGCUUCAUUAAGCUAAAGUUGUUUUGAUGACUAUAGUGUCCCUUUAAAGCUGAAUUUGAAAAGCCACUUAAUAUAAGCUCCAAAAGUAUGAUAAAUCUGUAUGACAGGAUGUUUGCAAAUGCAGAUAAACAGUAACACCAUUGACCUAUCUAUUUUCUAACCAUUGCAACCUCGCCCUCAAAGACCUGCAGCUUCAAUGGCUUACCCAUAGUUUCUUGAAACGUAUCACCACCUCUUUAAUUAAAAAGUAUAAAUGCUUAUAUUUCUUAUAAUUGUUCCGUUUUAGAGAAUUUAAAGUCAAGGUCAUGUAGAAGCAGACAUGUGACGGGUGUGGAGGGGGAAAGUGUAACUCUGCCAUUGGAUCAGUCUGGGAUCACACACGCCACAUGGGAACUAUGUACUGGAGAGAGAAAUAUUAUAGCGACCACGUUCUCUGAGAAAACUCUGAAUAUUCAAGAUCGCCGGUAUAACGGACGACUCUCUAGUACACCGGAUGGAUCCCUGGUUAUUUCUAAACUUACCAAGGAAGACCAAAGCGUCUACAACACAGACAUGUUUGUAAAUCAGGUAUAUCGCUGUGAACAGCGAUAUAACCUCACCGUAAUCAGUAAGUUAUUGAGCAAUACUUAUUUUACAUUAUUAUACUAUUGCGUUGUAGAUAAAAGUUAUUAACAGUACAUUUAUUACAUGCAGAAAAUUACACAGACAACUGGCUGCCUUGAGCUAGAUUUCUGUUUCUACUGACCAGUUUGUUUGUUGUUGCUAAUAGUAUAAUACAGAAUAUACAGUGUACAUAAUAUUUAGUGUUUGGCAUUGUUCUUUCUGUCACAGUGAGAAUUUUAUUCACAUUUUCCUAUGUUGUACAUGAUCCCAGGUAAUCGCUUUUCCUUUGUUUUGCAGAACAAAGUAUCCGAGACAUGAUGUCCAAACCUGGUACAGAACAGACAGUUUAUGCUGAUAUACCAUGUCCCGCUAAAACAUUUGGUAAUGAUCUAUACGUUCUAAAAUAACAAAAUCGUAUAUCCCAUAAACACAACUGAAAACAAUAUCCGUAUUCACUAAACUAAAAACGCUUGUGCUUGCCCAGAUUGCUGGCCUUUGAAAGACUUCUCAAUGAGCUGUAUUACAGGAGCCUAUGAUUUGUGAAAAAGGCAGAGGACAUGCAGCAGCUGCAGAUACUAGAUCUGCAGCCUUUAUAAGCCAAGAUUUCAUUUAUCAAAAGAAAACAUGCAAAAGAAAUUACAUUGUUUUAUUUUGGCUAUAUCUACUAUUUUUUUUUUUUAUGUAGUAUUCUUUUAAUGGCCACAUGAUUAUCACUUUCCUUAUCGACAGUAAUUCUCUCUAUUUUUCUCCUCCUUCCUAAUUAGCUAUGACAUAUCCCGUACUAUUAAAUGAGGGGAGAAGCAAUCUAUAUUUGAUACCAAGGUGGUUAGCUCCCUGUGAUAUUGUAUUUGUGCAGGCAUUAUUUAAGUCAAUGCCAUGCAAACAUUAUGAAUGAGACUGUAGCUCCAUCCUUACAUGUGACACGAAUGUGUUGACUGUGAUUGUUGUAGCUAGGGAACAGGUGACAGUGUCUUCCCCUGCCUAACAAUUUCCCAAAAUACCUUGAAUUUGUGUGCAAAAUAGUGUGACAAAUGUCAGCUGCACAACUAUCCUCAAAUAGAAGCUGGAAUUACGAAUUUGGCAAGAAAACUCUUUGAAGUCUUUUCACAUCUCCGUAUGGUAGACAGUCUGAAGCAUGUCAGCUAUCACUAUUUCCCCGUAAACAAACACAGCCUCACUGCCAAGAAAAAUCUAUCCUUCAUUUUACAUUUUUAUGCUUUUGCUAAAAUAAAAUGCAACUAGAGAAAUGAGAUCAACUUUUCAGUCAAACACUAAAAGUAGUUUUUUGGUUUUUUUUAAUAAAUGUAUCGAUGUAAUUAUUUGUAUUUUUUUUUAUUUUUUUAUUAGUCGAUUUAAACACUGAGCCUUGUAGAAGCAGAGAGGUGACAGGAAUAGAGGGAGAAAAUGUUACUUUGGAGCUGGAUCUGACGGGAAUCACGUUUGUGUUGGAGAAAGAAACUUUAUUGCCAAUACUUACCCUGGGAAACCUGUAGAGGUUCUAGAUCCGGUUUAUAAUGGAAGACUUUCUAGUACACACGAUGGAUCCUUGGUCAUUGCUAAACUGACAACGAAAGACCAAAUAAUCUACAAUGCAGAUCUGUUUGUCAAGAAACAGGUAUACCGAUGUGAUCAGCGAUAUAAUCUCACUGUGAUCAGUAAAUUAUUAACCAACACUAAUUUUCUUUUAUGGUCAAAAUCUAUAGAGUAGAAAUGGGUAUAGAUUUAUAUUUUGAGUAAGAUAGUUAGAAUAGUGAUUUGGUACCACAGGUUCUGAAUGGAAUAAAGUAAUAAGGGUAAUUGGAAAAGUCAAGAUUGUACCCAUUCUUUUAAAAAAAAAAAAUUUUUUUUUUUACAUUCUUUCUUUUAUUUGGGUAAUAUAAUUGGCAAUGAGGGGGGCGGGGCCUGACUGACAUGGCGGACGGUCGCACUCUGCAGGAGCUCCCUACUAUCUACUCUCUCAAGCGACUCACUGGGACUCCUGCCACACACAAACUGACACAACUAUGGACUUACCGACCAUAGAUGACGGCUGGAGUGUUCCGACGUGGAAUGCCGACCGAAGGCCGGGUGCGGCCUAGCGGAGGCCUCGGACGGGGGAGGCGGCUGACCUCCCGUCCCUGGUCUCUCCUGCUGACAGGACCACUCGGGGCUCCGCACCCCCCACCCCCACCGGGCCGGGGGGGAUAUCCCGGUCCAUCAUACACAACAUGAGGCUGGUGACGAUCUACACACAGGCGAUUACCAGAACCGAAUGACUAAGGGGGCAGUGCAAGCCACGUGGGCGCUCGGCGAAGCAGCGGCUGAAAUGGGAUACGAGGCCAGGCUGGAGAGACUCUUUCACGAACUAUGGCCCAAGCUGGAGGUACUGAUGAACCGUCCGGCCCAAACCCACGUAAAAGCCAGCCUCCCACAUGUAGAAACAAGCGACCUAUGACAAAACGAGUCCCAGCAUAUCAGAGGGGUAAAACAAGCCUGAAUAAGGCGGCACCCCAACCUUGGACCAGACAACGAAGCACAGUUCACAAACACCCAGCCGGAUCCAGAGACCUACCUAAGGGCCCAAAGCUGCACCCACAGCGGCAGGGACGCGGUACCAGGCCUCGCAUGGCGCCCGACGACGGGUCGACCCAGCCUCUAUGAGCAACCGAGUCAGUGGAUUACAGGUGCAGGCCUUUGUGGAGACCUGGGGCCGGAAGGCGGCCGCCAUCAACCUGCACCAUGCUGCACUCUUGAGGAUUUCCCAAGACGACGGUGCCGUCUAUUUCAUCUUACUGGACCGCGCUAUGGCCCUACCCAGCAGCGGUAUAGGCUAAACCAGCCUCUUGGACUGGCAGCCUGAUUUAUAACACUCAUUACCAAGGACUUUGGGGGACCUGGCCCAAAUGGCUUGCAUGAACUCCCCUCACUGGACUUCCACCCACGGACACACUUACCACAUGGCUUAAUGGUAUCAUCUAGUGGUUGCAUUUAGCUAAUAUGUAUGACAUACUUAUGUAUAACGCCUUGCAUUUAACUGCUACCCUUACAGCAGCCUACGUUGAAAAUUUGUUGUAUUUCUUUGUUUUAUCAUUUAUAUUGCUGCCUGGAGAUGCGUAUCUGGGACCCGGCCUACUACAGUCGACUUCACCUGCAUAACUGCCACUAAGCAAGUCGACCAUUUUGUAUUGAGAUCCCUUUGUUCAUGGUCACAAUAUAUCAGUCUGUCUAUAAAGCCACCUCUGCAUGCAAGCCCUAAGGUCAGAAUUGCAUUAAAUUAAACUACUACCGUUCAAUCGACCACUCUCGUGGCCUAACUGCCUAAGCACACGCCACAACAUACUUCUAUACUAAGAUACACUAACUUAACUGCCCAAGUAUUGCAGUACUGUAUGUACCUAACUUGCUUAGAUGCAAGCUGUGCUGUUUAUGCUAACCUUUAACUUUUACAGUUCUGCUUUUGUUCAAACACAUAAUUCUUAUGUUCAAAAAAAAAAAAGAGGCAUUACUAAUCUGGAAAUAUGAUACUUUAUUGAUGUCUUAACCCAACGAUGUAACUCAUACGUACGUUUUUCCUGUUUUCUCUUUUGUACCCCAUCUUUAAUGCCUUAAAUAAAAUAGAUUGGCAAUGAGAAACUUGGAAAUGCUUGUAAUACCACUUAUAGAUAAUACCCCUCUUUAAAAAAAAAUGUUUAAAAAUCUGAUAAAAUUAAAUGAGCAAUGACAAUUGAUAAAUAAGAAGAUGCAGGCCAAGACAACAUUUUAAAUGACUAUAUAUCAUAACAUAAUAAGAUUAAUUUAGAAAAGAACAGGAAAGUAAAACAAACCAAGGCAGAAAAGACCAGGAAAACAGGAAACUUACUGAAACCAUAAGGAAAACGCAUAACUGUGAAAUUGAUAUUAAAAAAUAAAUAAAAAAUAAAUUGCUGCCUCAGUCCACUUAAUCCUUUAUCCAUAGUUGUACGAGAAAUAAGAGGGACUGUGGUUGAGAGGUCCCAAGAAUAAUGGUCUCCAGAGGUAGUGAUUGUAGUGAGCUUGUGGUUUUUGAUUCAGGGGCAAAAUCUGCAAGGAGGAGGCAAUCUCCUCGAUGGCUAAACUACAUUCUUGACCCAUUAUUUUUUAAUGCAUUACAGAGAGUGCUUUAAAACAUAAAUGUAAAAAAAAUACAUAAAAAGAUACAUUUUAUUUCCUACAAAACUCCAAGAUGCGUAGGAUUAGCAGUGAGUAUCUUUCAAACAAGGACUGAUUAUUUUACAUUGCCUUGCUGAGAUUUUCCAUAUGCUAUCGUUUAUGGGCACACCAAGGGUUUGUGUAACUUGUAGCUCAAUCCUCAGUUUUCUGUUGUAGGUGAAUUACAACUCCCAAAAAUCUAAAUCCUGGCUUUAUAUACAGUAGUACUUUGCAGCAACAAAAGGAAACCCUGCAGAAUAGAAGGGAGAGGGUAAGGAAGGAUGGGCUUGUAUAGCAAACCUAAUUUGUAUUAAUGCUAAUAAUGAAAUAUGACAGACAAAUAAAAAAGCCUGUAUCCUUACCUACACAUUGAUUAGACAGAUUAGAUCUCCAUCUCUUAAAAAUUCCAUGCUCUCAUUGAAAAGAGAAGGGUAGGUUCCAAAUCUGGUAUCUGUCGCCGAAUGAUCUAAUCAUCCUUGUCAGACAUUCAGUGCAUUGCAAGUGCUGUGUUUUCUAUAAAGUAGUAAAGAAGAAAGAAAAAAAUUUUUUAAGUGUUAAUGUGUCAGGAGACAUUGUACAUGGAGCAUAUGAAAUUAUUUGGGACAUGAGUUUGUUUAGACCCAUUUAAAUGCAAAAAAUGUUAUGGGCUUGUAAUAUAAUCAAUGAAUUGGGGAGCAAUGGCUGAGUAACCUCUAAUGGAGUUGGAAAGACGAGAACCAAGGAUUUGAUUUAAUAUUAUUGCAUAAGUUUCCAAAGGAUUUAAUAUUUUUGGAUAAACUUUUUUAAAUGAUUUAAAAAAAAUAUUAACACAUCAAAAAUAUCAUAAAAAAUAAAAAACAAUAUAUAUAUAAAAAAACUAUUACAAAAUUAAAUAUAUUUCACAAGAUGAAAUCAUUUAAAAAGUUUAUCUGGAAAAAUAAUAUCACUUGGAAAGCUUAUCCAACAAUAUUAAAUUGAAGCCUAAUUUGCAAGAGAAGUCGUGGGUGAACACCAUAAGGACAGUCCUGGGUGAGAUAUACAUUUUCCAUGCAUUAUUUAUUAUACAUAGUUUUGUAACUAAAUUAUUGCAAUAUGAUAAACUAUUUAAAAGUAACUGAAUUAUUGUUAUAUGUGAAGCUCUUUAAAAGUAACUUAUAGUGUUGCUCUCAAUAUUUUCAGAAAAUCCAAACACCGCACAUCAAAAUCUUGAGCUUGACUUUCCGUGUCUUCCUAGAGAUUCAGGUAAUGGGUGAACUCUCUUAUCUUGGUUUGGGGUGUACAGUACACAAUAAAUGGAAUUAUAGAAUAACCUAGUUAACCAAACUUGUGAAACUGCAUCAUGAAACUAAACACUGUUUUUGUGAUAUAUUUGUAGAUCAUUAAACUGAUAGCAUCCAUACCACAGCUGCUAUCCAUUUACACAUAGCCCAGUCCACUGUUUAGUUCAAGUUUCUCUACUAGAUACAAUUGAUACAUCCUGCCUGGAAUUCUUGUUCUGUACUGGCUGAUUGACAGGAGUAAGAGUUGGAGUGUCAGGGGUGGCGGUCCGGUGACCGGGACCCAGUAUGCCUGAUCUUGAUAUUAGGAGUCACUGUGUGGAAAUGGAUUAUCAGGGCCUGGUGCACGGUAACCACAUGCCCCCUGGUGUUGAGCACCAGCGUUUGUGCGGCCACAUACCAGGGCCUUGAUGCAGCUUCUGCAGAUCCCAGGUGCCAGAUGACAAUAAGCAGACCUCCCAGGAUCUGAAUAGGGAGGCUCUGCAGCAGAUAUGUUUCCCGUACAUAAACAAGGUAAGACUAGAAUAGACACCAAACAAGAAGACAAGACAAAACUAGGAGAACCCAGAACCGGAGCAGGACAGAAAGCAGAACCCAGAACAUGUACACAAGACAUGAACAGGGCAGGACAGGACUGUACAUGAACUGGGAAUACAAGACAAAAUAAUACAAGACAAGAGAUACUAGGCAAAACAAGAGGAGACUUAACUAAGUACUAUAUAUGUAAAACAUUGGAGAUUUAGACGUACAUAAAUGGCCAAGAUGAAUGCAGCCCACCACUGCGUCAAAGUCCUCCAAAUACGGUGGGUUCCUAUCUCCCUAGAUAUGCAUGACUAAAUAAACAAUAAUAAAACACACACAGCAUUUACCUGCAAGAAAGGGCAGAGGAUUUGAAACAACUGCCUGCAGGAACCAACUGAAACAAAAGGAUUUAUGGAAAAGGAAUGGGUGUGGCAACAUAAAACAACCAUAUAAAGGAAUUCAGGAGACUGGGAAUUCCAGGAAUGGAAUAAAGGAAUGAACCCAGAAAACCCAGCAUAAAGAAAACCAGACAUGGAAUAGAAAACCAGAAAAACCAAGAAAAACUAAACAAGAAUUGUAAAAAGAGUACUGGAUACCAGAAGCCAUGGCCAGACAUCUCCGCAGAACAGAGCAGGAUGUGACAUGGAGUUAUACCGUGGCAAAACCAAUCCAAUUAUUUUUAAUCUGGCUGUAUAGACCAGAUAUUUGCACAGUAACCACUUCAGCAAGCUGACGUGGUUAGGGUGCUAAGAGUAACCUUAUGAAAAACACAACUUUGGAACCACCUACAGAGAAACUAUUUUAUGCUAUUCCCAAAAGAUACAUUAGAGCUUCCACUCUAAUGUAGUUCAGUUAAUCUAUAAAUCGUCUUGAAGCAAUCUGUAAGAUUUGCAGAAAUGUAUUGACAGGCGCUUUUUUUUUUUUUUUUUUAAAGGCAGAAAACCAAACAAUGAACAAGAACCACAUUACCGUACUGUGACUAUUGUAAGACUGUCAUUGUCUCUGUGCAUAUUCAUCAUUGCUUUAUGUUUGCUUAUUCACUACAUCAAGACAGAGGUCCAGAAUGUGAAAGGCACAAUGAGAAAAAACUCCAUAUUUUGGUAAGCCAGGUUUGCAUUUAGUGUUAACAAUAACUUACUGCAGUUUCACUGAGUGUGAUCUAAUCUUUCCCAUUAUUUCUUACUUGCAGAAACACAAUAGAAAAUUCACCUCAAUAUCUAAACGAGGAAUACUUGGAGAAUAUACAGCGAUUCUAAAUUGGAAGUCUUUCUAGCAUUGAUCAUAACUAUGUUUUUAUGCUAAGCAUUAGUUUUGGGACCCAUUAUUUAAAGAAACACUCUUGGCAUCAUAAUAGGUUUAUCGUAAUUAAGUUGUUAUGGUGCCAGGAGUUUCCCAGGCAUAUUCAUACAAAGGUUGCCUCUAAUGUCGGAUCUCCAAUCCCUCUAAUGCAUCCCGGUUCUGAAACUGACUAGCAGGAACUGCGGAGUACCGCUGAGCUGCUGAGUGCCUAUUUGUAAAAAAAAAACAACAUAUACGUACCUUUUGUAUUGGGCAGUGCUUUAUGUAUUGGGCACUCCUCAUAGAUACAGACCGCACAAAAAUGUGAGAUUUUACUCAUUGUUCAGCGCAAGAUGCAAGAAAUAUGGCAUACAUCAUGGUCAGGUUUUUUUGUGCAUGUGCAUUAGGAUAUUAGGAUAUUUUAACACCAUGUUAAUACCAUGAAUUGCUAGCACUAUAAAAAAAAUCACAUAAAGCUAUGAUCAUUU